UGACAGCAGUCAGAUGUUUUCCUUCUGUAGGUUUUUAUUUGGCAGAGAUAAACCAAGGCGUUAUUAAAUGUGGGAGAGCAGACCUGUGAACUCACCACAGCCACAGGGCUGAGUCUCAGAACUGCUCUCUUCUGGCUGUGGUAGCCUGACCCACCCAGAAAGCAGAUCCUUUCCACAGGGCAGAAAUAAACUGUUGUUACCUUGACCUGGCAAUCGAGGGGCCUGGUGAGAAACUGAUGGUCUCUGGCUCUACUGAAUUGCUGCAGGCCCUUGCUUAUCUCUGUUAAAUAAGGAAUACAUACUUACAAAACAUACUGCUAUUAGUGUUUUUAUUGUGGCAAGUUCUGUUUUGGUUCACUUCUUAACAUCUUUUUCUUGCAGCUCCUUUAGAAAGAAGAGAAAUGUUUUGUAUUCACUGAGUCUACAAGAUAACACAGGGCUGGCCUUGUUCUAGCCAUUUUUCGUGGUUUUCAGUGGGAUCAAAGACACUGUAAGAGGAAAUAGGACCUUUAUGCCAUCUCUUCACAGGAACCUGGAGCCAUGACUCUGUGGGAUUUGUGUGGUUUUACGGGGGCAGCCUGGGAGUUAAUGAGUGGUUAGAUGGGAUAGACCUGCAUGCUCAGAGCAGUGCACAUGCAGCUGUUGUGGCUGUCAGCAAGGCAACACCGACUGCCAGAGGCACAGCUGAGGUCACUUUAAAGCUGCUCAUGGCAUAAGUGUGAAAUAAGCAUCCAGUCAGACUUGAGGCUGUUAGAGAAGUGUCCAUCAGAGUAAGAACUAGAGCCAGUGACAAAGAAGAGAAUGUGACCUUACCAAAUCUGGAACUCUAAAGAGAAUUUCUGGGUCUGUUUCACAAUAUUGCAGUGUUUGUUCUGCCUGGAAUUGCUCCAUGUUUUUAAUUUUGUCCUUAGGAAAAAAAAUCCUGUCUGUGAAAACUAAUCAAAGUCAGAGUAAUAUUUCCCUUUCAGAUGUAAUAGUUCAGACUUGGUAGCUUCAGAGCACUUUUCUGUCCAGUUUCUUGAGAGCAGAGCAAAGCUUCUGGAAUAUGAUGAAAAUACUUUUCCUUCCAAAUCUGUUUCCAAAUAUUUCUGGUUAUUCUUUCACUUGUAAUAAUGAUGUUCCAUUUGUAACAAGAAUUUCCGGUACAAAUCUUGUAACUGUGGAAGAAAUUAUUUAAGAAAUUACUUUUCUCUGUCAGGUCCUCCCUAACAUCCUUAUUGUAGCUUACUGUGCAAUUUCCUAAAUUUUGCCAGAUCUAGUUCAUUAUACAAACAUCUUGCAUAAAUAAAAGCGUUCUUGCUGCUCUCUCUGGUAAAGUAAUAAGACAUUUUUUUAAGUAAGUGACUUACUGUAAGGUUUAUUUGCCUAAACCAGGUUACUAAAUCUUCUGCAAGGAUUAAGGCUUCUGUGUUUAUUUCAGCUGAGAUGUAAACAGAAAUUGUCAAAAAUCUAUAUAGUUAAAAACUUAGUUUUAUAUCACGAUAACCUCUUCCUUUCCUUGUAACACACAGCAGUUCAGUGGUACUGAUUUUCAAUUACAUCAUUUAUUUGGGUUUUAUUAGUGUUCUGUAUGUGAAUUCAGGUAAGUUUCUGACAGUUCCAAGUGGAGGUGUGGCAUUGUGUGACUUCUGCCUCUGCAUAUUUGUAGUUCUGAGCACUCUCCUAGCUGUGCAGUUGGGAACCAUUGCCUUAACAGUUCUGCUUUUCCUCUGCAAUGAAUAAUGCAAAAACUGCUUCUGAGCAUCUUCUGCAGGGGCUGAUGAGGGCUGUGCACCUGCAGAUGCUCUUAGUUCUUCCCACCGACCGUUUCCCCUGCCCUGCCCGCCCAAAGGAUUCCACCCGAGUUCUUGGAUGUGAGCAAGAGGGAGAAAAUGUGGUUUGUUGGUCCUGUCAGGUCCUCUGAAGGAGCAGGUUUCCUAUUUCCCAUUCUAGUUCUGCAGUGGAAUAAGCAAUCUAAGGUUGGACAAAUCAUUGCCAUCAGAACAAAGGUGAACAGAGCAUUCAAAACCAGCAUGGAGGUUGGCAUCAAGGUGACAGUACAGGAUGUUUUGACUAAUUCUGAAAAGAUUGUGAGUGUGGCAUAUGCAACGUACGUGGCCAAACCAGUUGGUGCUGCAAAGGUUGAGUUAAAACCUGUACAGCUGCUGUCUGCAGAGGACCACCUGGAGCACAGCCUGGCUAUUGAGAGGAGGAGAAUCCGUCUGGGCUACGUCCAGGUCUUUCAGAAGCUGAUGCAGGAGAGCAAUAAGGAAGACACUUGUGAAGAGAAAGAUGCAGUUUCAACUGAGCACACUCACGUACAGAGCACUGAGCUUGUCUUGCCUCCUCAUGCAAACCAUCAUGGAAACACUUUUGGUGGCCAGAUCAUGGCUUGGAUGCAGACAGUGGCAAGCAUUUCAGCAAGCCGCCUCUGUCGCUCUCACCCCAUCCUGAAGUCAGUUAACAUGUUCAAAUUCUGGGGGCCCUCCUUCGUGGGUGACCGCCUCGUCUUCAAUGCCAUUGUCAACAACACUUUUCACAGCAGUGUGGAGGUUGGUGUCCGUGUUGAGGCUUACAACUGUGAGGAGUGGAUCAAGGACCAGCCACGGCACAUUAACAGUGCAUUCCUCAUUUUUAACGCUGUGAACGACAAAGGGGAGCUGCUGACCUUCCCCAAGGUCAAGCCCAGGACACAGGAUUGUGUGAGGAGGUACUAUGGAGCUAUUGCCCGCAGGAGGAUUCGACUCACCAGAAAAUGCAUGCUAUCUGCUAGAGGAGACAAGCCCUCUGAUGCCUGGGAGACAAGCAACCAGGCAUAUUUGAGUUACAGCAACAUAGCUGCACUGACACACCUGGCAAGAAAACCAGGGUGGGACAUAACGAAGACUCUGGAAAAUGUGAAAAUCUGGACCCACGAGGAGGGUGCUGUGCUGUCAUUCAAGGUGGAGAUGCAGGUGAAGGUCCCAUCCCACGUCGCCUUCUCCCUCUUGUCCGACUUCAGCCUCCGCCAGCGCUGGGACAGACAUUUCCUGACAUGCGAGCUCCUGCAGGCUGUGAGUGAGGAGGAGAAAAUCUACCACGUCACCUCUGCCCCCAUGACAGGCCACCCACCCAGAGACUUUGUGAUUCUGGUGUCCCAAAGGCAGCCCUGCAGGCCACAGGAGCCCUACACGGUGGCUGUGAGGUCGGUGACCCUCGGGACGGCGCCCCCGAGCCCGGAGUUCUGCAGGAGUGAAAUCCUCUGCGCUGGGUUCCAGAUCCACAGCAACAGCAGCAGCUCCUGCACCGUGUGUUACUUCAAUCAAGUGACAUCAGGAGUUAUGCCUUACUUAGCUGCAAAUCUUACUGGCUCAUCAAAAUCCAUUGAAGACACUGCUUUGGAAUGUAUAAAGUUCUUGGAGCUGGAAGACAGCAAGUGCUGAAGUUAAAAACAGAUUUCUGAAGGGACAUCUGAAGAUUACCAAGCAGUUCUGGCUUGAAUUCCUGCAAGGGUGUCAGUCAUUUCUCUGUAGGUUACUUGUUUCAGAUCAUGUAGUCAGUAUUGGGCUUCAGCCUGAAAAUACCUGGUACAAGCAUUUUCUAUCAAACCAAGCUUAGGCCUUAGGCUCUCAAUUCAAUCUUUAAUUUAAAAAAGAUUAAGGAACAGAUUUUGCUUUUGAUUGCAUUAAUGAAUUUUAUAUAAAUGGAGGCAGAACUUGGCUCAGUAGAGCUAUAGUUCAUAAGACUAUUUCACCAUUUUAAUGUUACAUUGAACAGAGAGACAUCCAGGCAGUUUUAAAAUACCAUCCUUUGUAAUCUGCAGAAACCAGUGCUACCAAGUAGCUUUGCCAGUGCUCUGACCUUGCCAUGCACAUCCUUGCACAGCCAUUAUUUAUAAACUGCUUACAGCCCGUGUAAA